CCACUCGGCUGGGGUCUUGAAGCGAAGAAAGGCCAAAGACUUGCUCUCUUGCCUCCAGGCAGCCCCCGCUUACCUGCUGGCCCACCUUGGUGCGGCUCUCACCGGCUUGCAGCAUGACCCUGUGGAAUGGCGUGCUGCCGUUUUACCCUCAGCCCCGGCAUGCUGCGGGCUUCUGCGUCCCGCUGCUUAUCGUCAUUCUGGUGUUCUUGGCCUUGGCAGCCAGCUUUCUGCUUAUCUUGCCGGGAAUCCGUGGCCACUCGCGCUGGUUCUGGUUGGUGAGAGUUCUUCUCAGUCUGUUCAUAGGCGCAGAAAUUGUGGCCGUGCAUUUCAGCGCAGAAUGGUUCGUGGGUACAGUGAACACCACCACAUCCUACAAAGCCUUCAGCGCUGAGCGCAUUAGAGCCCAUGUUGGUCUGCAAGUGGGCCUGGUGGGCGUUAAUAUUACACUCACAGGGACCCCAGUGCAACAGCUGAACGAGACCAUUGACUACAACGAGCAGUUCACCUGGCGUCUGGACGAGGACUACACGGCAGAGUACGUGAGUGCACUGGAGAAGGGGCUGCCGGACCCAGUGCUCUACCUGGCGGAAAAAUUCACACCGAGCAGCCCUUGCGGGCUGUACCACCAGUACCACCUGGCGGGCCACUAUGCCUCGGCCACUCUGUGGGUGGCGUUCUGCUUCUGGCUCCUGUCCAACGUGCUGCUCUCCAUGCCAGCCCCGCUGUACGGAGGCCUGGCACUGCUGACCACUGGCGCCUUCGCGCUCUUUGCGGUCUUUGCCUUCGCUUCCAUCUCCAGCGUGCCGCUCUGCCCGCUCCGCCUCGGCUCCUCUGCACUCACCGCUCAUUACGGAGCCGCUUUCUGGGUCACGCUGGCAACCGGCAUCUUGUGCCUCCUCCUCGGUGGGGCCGUGGUGAGUCUCCACUACACUCGACCCAGCGCUCUUCGCAUUUUUCUGGACCAAAGCGAGGACAGCAGUAGCCAGGGGACAGAGGGCUCGCCUCUCAUCUUAAAGAACCCUCUGUACAAGCAGUCGGGGGUUCCAGACUUAAAGCUCGCCACUAAGCUGUGAAGGGGACCCAACUCUGAACUCCUUUCUUGGCACCCCACAGGCCAGGAAACAGUGCCCUUGACUUGAUCUGGGAUGUCACUGCUCUGUGCACCACCCCCACCCUCAAAGGUGGGGUAGCCUCGGACGUGCCGUAGCCACCAGGGAACGUCUCCUGGGACGAACUGUGUGUAAAUGAAGAGUUUUUUCUUAAAAAACAAAACAAAACUUUUUUUCAUUAAUUUUCUUGGCUUUUCCAAUCUCUUGGGGACACACGCCCUCAAGAGGCUUCCAGGGCUGGAGAUAGCCAGCAGUGCUGCCAAACACCGGUUUCCCUGUCUGGAGAAUCCAGAGUAACCCAGGGGAGACUCUGGGGGAGGGACGCCCUCUAGUGAGAUCUGAGGGAAACCGACCAGAGCCUGCUUCCUUAGACUCCCGGGUGGACAGUAGGUUGCAGUGACCUGGCAGGUCAUCCUCCCACCCAAUCAACUAUCUGCUGGCCCAGCUGAGUGGGAUGGCAAGGAACAGCGUUUUGGACCAAGGAAUCGAUUCACUAAUUCCUCACACCUGGCUUCUUUUGGGUUGGUGUCUGAGCACCAAGGUAGAAGUCAGUAAGGCAUAAAAACAUAAAUCCUGAGGCCCCGCUGGGUGGCUCACACCUGUAAUCCUAGCACUCUGGGAGGCCAAGGAGGGAGGAUGCUUGAGGUCAGGAGUUUAAGACCAGCCUGAACAAGAGUGAGACCCCCGUUGCUACAAAAAAUAGAAAAAUUAGCUGGGUGUGGUAUGGCACCUGUAGUCCCAGCUACUUGGGAGGCUGAGGUGGGAGGAUCACUUGAGCCCAGGAGUUUGAGGUUUUGGUGAGCUAGCCUGAGGGAAUAGACUGAGAUUUGAUCUCAAAACACACACAUACACACACACACAGGAUGCCAAAAAUUAUAUACAUAUUUUAAGAGAUGUUAUCUACAUAUUACUUUUUGAAAUUGAGUUGAAUUAUGGUAGCAAUGUGUAGUAUGACAUUUGUUCAAAAUAUGGCACUAAUCAAAAUGAAUGCUAGCAUCACCAUGUCACAGGCAGGACAGUCAAAGAAAAUGGCAGAAGGAUAGUUGUCCUUCAAGGAGUACAAGACCAUUUUGAAGUGAUAUUUGAAAUUCAAGAAGUACAAUAGAGUGAGUAUGCAACAGAAUCUCCAACACAUCUAACAAUUGCAUGCAUUCAGAUAAGCUGGAGCUGAAUGGUACUGUGAUGUGCACAGGGAUAGGACGAAGCAGUGUGUUUGAGUUUCCCCCACUUUGUCCUGAUUUAACACUCCUUGACUUCUACCUAUGGGGGACCUUAAAGGAUGUGGUGAACUGUAGGAAACCGGCUACACUGGCCAUACUUCAGAAAGAAAUUGAAAUGGCAUGUGCAGUGGUACAAGUGGGCACUUUGAUCAACGGUGCUCAAGUAGUAGUGUGCAGUGUCAGAAGGGUCUGGAUGCUGAUGGUAACCACUUUGAGUACCUCUUAUAAUUGCAGAAGUCAAAUAUUACUUGUAUUCAUCUGUUGUUAUCAGUAUAUAUUGAGUAUUAUACUUUUAAUACAGUUUUUUCCUUUCUUAAAAUGUGUAUACAUUUUUUUUUGACACCCUCUGCUUAUCUGUAUCCUGAGAUUCUUUUCUUAUGUCCUGGGCAAGUACUACAAUCUUAUUUAGCAAAUCUGGGAGCUGAAGCUCAAAGAGAAUGUAGCAUAGCUGGUUAAUGUUUGACCAGGGAUGGGAAGUUUGGCCUCUUCUCCCUUCCAGUACUGUCUUUCACUGUCCCAUAAAGAAGAGGUCACAUAGCUGGGAAAGUAAAAUGAGAACAAAGGGACCCAAGAAAAAGUAAAGUGAGAGCUUGAGAGGGACCAUGUAAGAAUCACACUAUAAAUGCCCCCCCCACACAUACAACUAUUCUGUGGGUGAAGUUGGGUUUCAGUGACUGGCACUGUGAAGAGGCAAAGCACCAAGAAAAGGCAGGCUUGCUGUACAGAAAUAGGGCAGCCCCUGCUUGGUCUCACCAGGGCGACAGGGGUUAUGGGAAGACCCAACAUCUCUUCAGUACCAUAUGGCUUUUCGCU